UCUUUUUAUCGUUUAUAUUUCUUAAUGAAAAUAAGAGUAUUGUAUCGAAGCAUUUUUCUCCUUUAUAAGUAGAUAUUUACCUACUACGAUGAUUUCACUGCAGAUGAUUUCACUGCAAAUGAUUUCACCGCAAAUGAUUUCACUGCAAAUGAUUUCAAUCAAAAUAGAAAAAAUAAUAUAUUCGAUAAAAAUUCACACGUCCAGUCUCGAUCAGUAUCGAAACUCGAAUUCGUAGGCGGUUAACUCUAUUCAAUGAUCGAUCGUUAUUUUAUUACGAGAACUUGUGUAAUUAAAUGAUUGAGUCUCUGUUUGCCGACUGACUAGCAGAUUAUAAAUUUUGAUCACGUUCGCGUUUAUUUGUCCUGCACAACGUAGAACGAAUUGCUCCUGAACGGUUCGUGUUUAACAAUAAUUAUGUUCCCCGAUCGAUAACGUUCAUAUGUAUAUUACGUUUGCAAUAUUAUACUACGAUAUAUACUUCCUAACUAAUUUUUCAAGCUUAAAAAUAAAAGAAUAAAUAAAACAAAAGAAGCGAAAUCAAACUAAAUAUCGAAAACACGAACUUCACGUUCGUCGAAAAAUCAUUCAAAACUUUUCGUUUAAACUAUUUCCUUGUAAAAUAUAAAAACCAAAUUUUUCGAGCAACAAAAUGAAUUGACCAAUUUGUUUUUCCUACCACAUCAACGCAAAUUUAAUUAAAUCUGAUUCAAAAGAGAAAGAAAACAAAAGUAAAAAAGUUAACAAAAAAAUGGAACACAAUUGAAAAUUUUGGUCCGUUUAAACGAUGUAGAAAAAGUCGAUAAAAUGAAGUUUCACGAUCUAUCGCACAAAGGAAAAUUAUAAAUGGAAAGGAGAUAAAAAAAGUUAUAACAUACAAGCGAGCACACAGACGUCAAAUUUAUAAUCAGGUAUGGAUAUGAACGAUGACGAUCCGGAGGACGUGAAACGUGCACUCUCGAUAGAGAAAGAAAUAAAUAAAGGUAAAAGAGAUGACAAAUUUGAGGGAUAUCCACGUUUUGAGAAGAAUAAGGAAAGAUGGUUACGCUGCGUCAAACCAUCGGCAAAAAAGAAAGCCCAAAAAUCUACGGCGGAGAGUGAAUGUUGUGAGAGAAUAAAAACCUCGGCGGGGGCGGCGGCAGCAAUGAAGGAGAAAAAGCAAGUAACAGUGAUGAUUUACGGUAAACCCUGCAUUUUCCCAAAACUGGACAUCAUUCCGAGACAUUGUCUGUCGAAGAAAGAAUACAUCGACGUGCUAGCGACUCCGAGUCGUAGAUGUCCACCAGCGUGUCUGCAAGAGACAGUGAUAAGAAAAUUAAAGCCAGUUUCUCAAAGAAUCAAAGAAUUAGCUCGACCAACAAAACACCGUAUGUUGAUGACCCUGCAAGAGGGUGCUUCCAGAUUGAAACCCGAAUUCGUGGACAAUUUAAUCAAAUCUUUGGAGGGUGAAACUUGUCUAACGCCAGAGCAAGCAGCGAAAGCGUUUCGCAAUAAAAAACGUAAAAGAAUAUCUCAGAGACGAAAAAAGGAACGUAAGUUUAACCGUUAUACGCGAAAAGCUAAGAAAUCAGGUACACUUAGUGCAACGAUAUUGGAUAAGGAUGCUGUAACUUGUCAAUAUAUGAUGGCCGAACGUUUUGUGAAGAGUAUUCUUGAUUGGAGAUGUCCAAUACCAAAAGAAGAAUACGAGGAUAUAGCCAAUGUGAUAAUCAAGAGAUUGAGUUACGCUCUCGAAUAUACGCCAUUAGAUGAGAGCGAUCGUAAAUCGCAACAGAUGCGUUUCCUCGCGGACGUUGUAGCUUGUUGGAUAUCCGGAGUGCUUUUCGAAGUUGCGGAAGAUCGUAAGAAGGAAUUGGAACAAGUAUGCGAGAAGAAACGAAAGGAGGAGGAGGAGGAGGAGGAGGAGGGGGAUGAAGAUGAGGAAGAUGACCAGGAAGAAGACGAGGAAGAAGACGAGGAAGAAGACGAGGAAGACGACGAGGAAGAAGAAGAAGAAAAGGAAGAAGAGGGGACUGAUAAGGAAGCCCAAGAAAGGGUUCAGCAGGAAGAAAGAAGGAAAAUGGAGGAGGAAGAAGAAGCAACAUUAGAAAGUGAACGACAGCAACAGGAAGAAAAAGAAAGAAUUGAGGAAGAAGCAAGGAUACAGAAAGAGAUGGAAAAAGAAGAAGAAGAUAAGGAAAAAGAAGAAAGAAGAAAGAAAGAUGAGGAAGAAGAGAAAGGAAAGAAAGAAAUAAAGUCUACAGCAACGGUUGGGGAUUACGGCGAUCUCUUCUCUACCGACGUACCGUUCGUGACCUUUAGUAAAGUGAUCGACGUUCUUUAUGCUAUGUUAGAAUCCAUGGCAGAAAGUAAAGGCGUUGAUCUGAUUCGCGAUCGUAUUCAAGCCGCGAUCUAUGAUAAGUUUCGAACCGUUAUAGAAAGGGAAGAUCCGAAAGCAUUGAACGAACAUAUGAAAGAUGUCUUGAUCGUUUUGGCUGGAAAAAUAGCAAAUUGGAUGAAAAAUAUUCUUACAGAGUCGCAAAUUAUUUUCCUCGACAGAUAUCCAGCUGAAGUUGAAUCCAUCGAAAUUAGGGAUUGGUCGAAAUGGCUGACUUAUGUAAGCGAUACCGCCGACAAUUGGGCUACCUGGCUUCGCAAGGUUCUCCAGGAAGCUGAAGGUAUUAACGAAGAGGGAAUAACCCGAGGCGAUUGGCAAGACUGGACGAAAUCCGUCGACGUUGAUGCUCUCCUUUGGAGACGCUUUCAUCUACAAACCAUUCACCAGGCUCAUAGAAACGUCACGUUGAUGGCGCAGAGAGAAGUCGUUAAGACUGGGACCAAGACAAUGAACUUCACCGAGAAAGAAAUACGGAACGCCGAUCUUCAAAUUGUCGCUUGAUUACCAAAAACUAAAUUUCACUAAACUUCUUCCACACUAACUUUCUGGAACGAUCUAGAAACGAUCGUGAUACGAGAUCAAUUUCAUUUAAUAUUUGUCUGUUUUUUUUUAGACUUCAAUUGAAAACAACUUCUCUACGUUUUCUAUCGUGAUUUUCUAUUUGCUAAACGAAUAAAUUCUGUUUCUUUUUUUUCCACGAUACAUAUUAAAAAGUAUAUGAUAUAUAUGGCAUAAGUAUUCGUUAAACGUGUACACGAUCAACGUUAUUUCCGGAUUUUCUCUUUAACAUAUGUACGUACGUUCGUAUAAGUAUACGAUAGAUUCAAAGGUCUUUUAUUCAAAGUUGGA